AUGAUUGGUUUGCAACUCCGCUUUCAAUGGCCCGAUGGAUCUCCAGCGACAUAUAUUAUGGGAUCGGAUGAAGGCCCUCCGACUCUGGGUAAUAAGUCAAAAAACCUCUGCUAUCAUAUGUCUCCAAAGUAUAAUCGCAUGCGCAGAUACGAUUGUACAAGAAAACUCAAGAUUGUUGCAAACUCAUAUGGGUAUGGUGUGACUGCGGAUUCUAUGAGUAGUCAGUUGUACACAGAUAUGACAUCACCAUUUUCCAGACUUUUCGGAGUAGGCCGCUCGAUCGUUGGGCAUGAAGGGAAAAUUGAUGAUGUUGUCUACACGAAAUUCGCCACACUUGAGAACUAA